GGAGGAGAUGGGGAAUUCUCUGGGCUGCGUUAAGGAGCAGAAGGAAAAAGCCGCGGGGAAGGCGCCCCUGCCUCCCAAAAAAAGGGUGCGCUUUAAACGGAGGAGGAAAGGCAAGAGCAGAGCCAUGCCCGAGGCAGCCCCGCAGGACGAGCUGCCGGCCCCGGAGGCUGGCGAGGAUGAGGAGGCUUCCAAGUCGAAGGCAGCCCCCCAGCAGCAGGCAGGAGAGGAGCCCGGCCGGAGCUGGCAGCGCGGCGGGGAGCCGCCGGCCGCAGCCCUGCAGCCAGGGCUGAUCGUGCAGGUGAAGGAAAGCUUCCAGGGGGAGCUGCGGAAAGCUCGCCUGGUGCUGGAGCCGCAGUGGCCGGCUGCGGCCGGGACUUCCCCGGAGGAAGGCACCACCGUCAUCGCUCGCUUGCUGGACAACCCGGCCGAGAAGGGCUGCGAGAAGGCGGUGAGCCGCCUGGUGCAGCUGCAGAGGAGCGGCACCGGCAACCGCCGGGCGGUGCUGCUGCCCCUGCCCGAGGGCAGCCACGGCCCCGCCGAGGGGCUCCCGGCCCCGGCCAGCACCGCGGCCAGCGAGGAGCCAGCGAAGAGCCGGGAGCCAGGGGCUGGCAGCAGCCUGGGUGCCUGGGGUAAAGGAGGCAGCGACGAUGCCAGUUCCAGCGCGGCGUGGACCUGCCCCUCCACGGCGGAGCCGGGCACCGUUUCGGAGCUGUCUACGCCGUCCCCCAUGGUGGAUCAGCUGGAAAACCCCAGCGUGGGGAGAGCCUCAGGACUGCCAUCAUCUCGGGCUGGGGAGGGGGAUGGACAUGGACUGCCGGCCUCCCGCAGCCCCUCCUCCUUCAGCUGGCACAGUGGUGGCAUGGCCCGGAGCUCCUCGGGGUACAGCAGUGACCUGGCACGCCGGCCAGCCAGGGCUGCUGGAGCUGGGGGGACCACAGCAUCUCCCUUUGAAGGUGGCCACAGGCUCCCUGCAGAGGGCCAGGCUUGGAGGGGGAGCUCGGGGACAGCUGGAGGCACGAUCUCUGACAUCUACAUCAGUGGGGAGUCAGGGGACAUGUCAGCCAAGGAGAAGCUGCUUCUCUGGACACAGAAGGUGACAGCAGGGUACAUUGGGGUGAAGUGCACCAACUUCUCCUCGUGCUGGAGCGAUGGGAAGAUGUUCAACGCCCUCAUCCACAGAUACAGGCCAGAUCUGGUGGACAUGGAGAGGGUGCAGAUCCAGAGCAACAGGGAGAACCUGGAGCAGGCCUUUGAGAUCGCCGAGCGGCUGGGGGUGACGCGGCUGCUGGACGCCGAAGACGUGGAUGUCCCCUCUCCAGAUGAGAAGUCUGUGAUCACUUAUGUGUCUUCAAUCUACGAUGCCUUCCCCAAAGUCCCCGAGGGAGGAGAAGGGAUCAGCGCCAUCGAGGUGGAUUCCAGGUGGUUGGAGUACCAGAGUCGCCUGGAGUCCCUCAUCUCGUGGAUCAAGCAGCACACAAUACUCAUGUCAGAUAAAUCCUUCCCCCAGAACCCUGUAGAGCUAAAGGCACUUUAUAACCAGUACAUCCACUUCAAAGAAACUGAAAUCCCAGCGAGAGAGCAGGAGAAGGGAAGGAUAGAGGAGCUCUACAAACAGCUGGAGGUCUGGAUUGAGUUUGGACGCAUCAAGCUGCCCCAGGGCUACCACCCCAACGACGUGGAGGAGGAGUGGGGCAAGCUCAUCAUCGAGAUGCUGGAGCGCGAGAAGCUGCUGCGGCCAGCAGUGGAGAGGCUGGAAUUGCUGCUACAAAUCGCUAACAAGAUCCAGAACGGUGCUCUGAGCUGCGAAGAGAAACUGACUCUGGCCAAGAACACUCUGCAGGCCGAUGCUGCUCACCUGGAGUCGGGGCAGGCGGUGCAGUACGAGGCGGACGUGGUGGUGUACCUGCAGGAGUGCGAGGGGCUCCUGCGCCAGCUGCAGGUGGAUGUGCAGAUCCUGCGGGACGAGAACUACUACCAGCUGGAGGAGCUGGUCUUCAGGACCAUGAGGCUGCAGGACGAGCUGGUGACGCUGAGGCUGGAGUGCACAAACCUCUACAGGAAAGGUCACUUCUCCACCCUGGAGCUGGUGCCCACCUCCACAUUGAGCACAGCACACCUGAAGGGCGACUCCCUGACCAAAGGGCUGCACACCUCCUCUGCCUCCUGGUUCAGGAAGCCUAUGACCAGGAUAGAGCUGGUGGCCAUCUCCUCUUCGGAGGAUGAAGGCAGCCUCCGCUUCGUGUACGAGCUGCUGGCCUGGGUGGAGGAGAUGCAGAUGAGACUGGAGAGGGCAGAGUGGGGAACAGACCUGCCAAGUGUGGAAACCCAGCUGGAGACCCAGCGGCACGUCCACAGCAGCGUGGAGGAGCUGGGCUCCAGCGUGAAGGAGGCUCGGAUGUAUGAGGGCAAGAUGUCUCAGAAUUUCCGUGCCAGCUACACGGAGACCCUGGGCAAGCUGGAGACGCAGUACUGCAAGCUGAUGGAAACCUCAAGCUUCCGCCUGAGGCACCUGCAGAGCUUGCAUGGCUUCGUGUCCCGAGCCACUGCUGAGCUCAUCUGGCUCAACGAGAAGGAGGAGGAGGAGCUGGCCUAUGACUGGAGUGACAACAACCCCAACAUUGCAGCCAAGAAGAACUACUUCAUGGAGCUGACGGCGGAGCUGGAGGAGAAGCAGGACAUCUUCUGCUCCCUCCAAGACACAGCUGAGCUGCUGUCCCUGGAGAACCACCCAGCCAAGCAAACUGUCGAGGCCUACAGCGCGGCCGUGCAGAGCCAGUGGCAGUGGAUAAAGCAGCUCUGCCUCUGCGUGGAGCAGCACGUCAAGGAGAACGCUGCCUAUUUCCAGUUCUUCAGCGACGCUCGGGAGUCGGAGAGCUACCUGCGCAGCCUGCAGGACUCCAUCAAAAGGAAGUACUCCUGUGACCACACCACGAGCCUGACCCGGCUGGAGGACCUGCUGCAGGACUCCAUGGAUGAGAAGGAGCAGCUCAUCCAGUCCAAGAGCUCUGUUGCCAGCCUGGUGGGGAGGUCCAAGAGCAUCGUGCAGCUGCGGCCCAGGAACCCUGAGCACCUGGUGCGGAGCACCAUCCCCAUCAAGGCUGUCUGUGACUACCGGCAGAUCGAGAUCACCAUCUGCAGGAAUGAUGAGUGUGUGCUGGAGGACAAUUCCCAGAGGACCAAAUGGAAGGUGAUCAGCCCCACAGGGAACGAGGCCAUGGUGCCUUCUGUCUGCUUCCUGAUCCCCCCACCCAACAAAGAGGCCAUUGAGAUGGCCAACAGGGUGGAACAGUUGUACCAGAAAGUGAUGGCCCUCUGGCACCAGCUCCACAUGAACACCAAGAGCCUCAUCUCCUGGAACUACCUGCGGAAGGACAUAGCCCUGGUGCAAAGCUUCAGCAUGGAAAAGCUCAGAUCCUUAGCCCAAGGGGAGUGCCAGCAAGCCAUGAAGAGCCUCCAGGCCCAUUAUGAGGACUUCCUGCAGGACAGCCGAGACUCGGAGCUCUUCUCGGUGUCCGACCGGCUGCGGCUGGAGGAGGAAGUGGAGGCUUCCAAGGAACACAUCCGGCAGCUGCUGGAGUCCAUGGAGAACGAAGACAAAGACGAGACUGCUGCCAGGACUUACCUGUCAGAGCUGAAGAACAUCCGCCUGCACCUGGAGGAGUGCGAGCAGAGGCUGGGCAGCAGAAUCCAGGCCCCCAGCGGCUCCCGGGCGGACGGCGACACCAUCCAGGACAACACCCUCCGCACGGCGGAGCAGGAGCGCAUGCAGGAGGACCUGCAGCGGCUGCAGGCAGACCUCAGGUUCUUCUCUGAGAGGUGCUACAGCUUCCUGGACAAGGCACCUGCAGGGGCCAGCACACCCCAGCUGCGCUCAGAGCUUGACUUGGUGGUCAACAAGAUGGACCAGAUUUAUAGGCUGUCUUCCAUCUACCUGGAGAAGUUGAAGACUGUUGAUGUCAUCAUUCGUGCCACCCAAGGAGCAGAGUCUCUGGUCAAAGGCUAUGAGGUGAAGCUGAGCCAAGAGGAGGCAGUGCCAGCUGACCUGGCAGCCAUUCAGUCUCACAGGACCACCUUACAGCAGUGGCUUGGGGAAGUGAAGGACAAGAGCUCCAUCUUCUCCACACUGGAGGAGGAGAUGGCCAAGGCCAAGGAGGUGGGGGAGCAGCUGUACCAGCUGAGGCAGGAGCGCAGCAUCGACCUGGAGCGCUACCAGGAGAGGGGCACCCAGCUGUGGGACCGCUGGCAGCGCCUCUGUGCCCAGAUUGAGACCCGCCACGCGGAGCUGGAGAGCAUCCAGGAGGUGCUGAGCGAAUACCGGCGGUGCCACGGUGCCCUGAUCCAGUGGAUCGAGGAGAUCACCAUCCAGCAGGAGCUGAUGAAGCCAGGGCAGGCAGAGGACAGCAGGGUGCUGUCAGAGCAGCUGAGCCAGCAGACGGCUUUGGCUGCAGAAAUCGAGAAGAAUCAAGCCAAGCUGGACCAGUGCCAGAGGUUCUCCCAGCAGUACUCAGCUGCUGUCAAGGACUAUGAGCUGCAGCUGAUGACCUACAGAGCCUUCGUGGAGUCGCAGCAGAAGUCCCCCAUGAAGCGCCGGCGAAUGCUCUCCUCCUCCGACGCCAUCACCCAGGAGUUCAUGGACCUGAGGACUCGCUACACGGCGCUGGUGACCCUGACCACCCAGCACGUCAAGUACAUCAGCGACGCGCUCCGCAGGCUGGAGGAGGAGGAGAAAGUAGUGGAGGAGGAGAAGCAGGAGCACGUGGACAAGGUGAAGGAGCUCCUGGGCUGGGCCCUGGGCUUGAAGCAGAGUGUGCAGGGCAGGACAGCUGCUGCUGGCAGCAGAGAGCUGGGCGACAUCGAGAAGUCCAUCUCGGAGCAGCAGGCCCUGAAUGAGGAGCUGGCUGCCAAGAAGGAGCAGGUCUCCGAGGCCAUCAAAACUUCCCAGAUCUUCCUGGCAAAACACAGCCACAAGCUUUCCCAGGCAGAGAAGGAACAGAUUUCUGCUCAGAUUGGUGCCCUCAAGGAGACCUACCAGGUGCUGUGCAACGACUCCACGGAGCAGCUGCAGCAGCUCCAGAGCCAGCUGGCUCAGGAGGCAGAGCAGAAGGGCAGCGAAGCCGUGGCAGGAGUGAUCGAUCUUGGCACAGCAGAAAUCCUCCCUGUCUUUGGUGCCAUGCAGAGAGGUCUUGUAGAUCAGGACACUGGCCUCCUGCUCUUGGAGGCUCAGGUUAUCACUUCUGACUUGGUCAUUCCAGAGACCAAGGAGAAAGUCUCCUUGGAGAAAGGUCUGGCAAGAAACAUCAUCGAUCUCCAAACCUUCCAGGUGCUGCAGCAGCUGAAGGAUGCUCUCCAGCAGGUGGAAGAAGUCAGGCAUGAGGGGAGGCAGCUCCUCCCUGUCGCUGCUGCCAUAGAAGAGGGGAGGAUCAGUGAGGACGUUGGGCUGAAGAUUCUUGAAGCUGAGCUCAGCACAGGGGGGUUUAGAGCCCCUCAGGGCAGAAUCAGCAUGGAGACAGCGGUGCAAGAAAGGCUGCUGCCCCCCCAGCUCUACUCCAGGCUUCUCUCUCACCUGGAGCAUGGGAAGGACCUGAUUGACCCCAAGACUGCUGAGAAGCUCAGCCUGCCUGAGCUGAUGCACCGCUGCAUCCUCCACCAAGACACUGGCCUGAGGCUGCUCCCGGUCAGGCAGCCGGCAGGUGGGGUGGUGAGCUCCAGAGCAGGCAGGAAAGUCACCAUCUUCCAGGCAGCCCAGGAAGGGCUGAUAGACAGGGAGGUCAUGCUGAGGUUGCUGGAAGCCCAGCUCGUUGCUGGGGGCAUUGUUGACCCCAGGACAGGGCUCAGGCUGACUGUGGAUGAAGCCAUGAGGCAGCAUCUGCUGGAGCAGGACCUGGCGCGGGCGCUGCUGGUGAGGCAGCUCCGGGCGGGUGGCAUCACCGACCCCGGCACGGGGCAGAGACUGACCAUUGAUGAGGCUGUAAGGAAGGGGCUGGUGGCACCAGGGAUGGCAUUGGUGGUCCUGGAAUCCUUGUGGUCCUUUAUGGGGCUCCUGUGGCCAGAGACAGGGGAGGUGGUGGCGGCAGCAGACGCCCUGGAGCAGGGAGUGCUGUCUGCAGAGCUGGCCAGCAAGAUGCUCAGCAAGAGGCAACUCCUCCAAGCUGUCUUCAUACCAGAGACCACCGAGGUGGUGUCCUGGAAGCAAGCAGUGGAACAUGGCAUCUUGGAGAGGGAUGUGGCAAAGAAGCUGAAGUCAGCACUCAUUCCUGAUGUCCUGGGCAGUGUGCAGCCUGCUGGCUCUCCAGGCAGCAGCAGGCAUGGCCCAGGCCCCCCUGGGCCCAAAGAGCAAAGCGACCCUCUGCUGAGGAGCAAUGAGGAAAGGCUGAUGUCCCACCUGAUGACACACAGCUACAUCAACAUCCAGGAUGGCCAGAAGCUGCUCUUAGUAGAUGGAGAGCUGAACAGUCUCACUAAAGCCCUCAUCCAAAGCCAAGAAAAUGGAUCCUGUGCACACAUGUUGGAGGAGAGGGAAGGCUUUGAGAAGAGCAAGGCAGGUGUGGCAGGGGAGCCUUGCAAUGGCUUGGCUGUAGAGCAGCUUGAGCUUCAAUUUGCUCCUCCAAAAGAACUAAGCAAAAAGGUCCUACCACCUAGAGCUGCCUUGGAGAAUGGGGAGGUGGUGAUGGCACCUGAAAGCCUCUUGUUGGAGGAUGCAGAGGAGUUCCUGCUUGUGGGGGAGCCACAGCAGGCUCCUAGCAAACAGAGGACUAUCAAGAGUGAAAUUGAUGCUGAAUUUGGAAGAGAGCAAGUGGCUGCUGCGAGCCAGGACAAGCAUCAGGUACAGCUGUCAGUGCCAGCACAUCCUGGUGACCUUGGUAGUGGAUUCAGAGAAGCAGAGGAGAUGAUGGCUGAGGCAGGAGAGUCAUCCAAGCCUCCUGCAGUAGAUGGAGUGGAAAGCAUCAAAGAUCAGAAGAAAGCAUCAGAGAGUGGGACGGUUGUGAAAAGUGAGCUCUGCAUAACAGUGCCUGCUCCAGAGUGGAGAGAGGGACUGGAAAUCGUGGCAGAGAGGUCUCAGGGGAUGGAGGAACCUGAACUAGAGGCAGAAGAGGUUGGAGAGAUUUAUUUGCUUAACAAGGAAACAGUUGAGAAUGGCAUGGUGGGAGGAGAGGAGAUUGGGCUCCCUGGAGCUGGAGAGGCUGAGCGAGCAGAGUGGCAGAGUCAGGACACUGAAAGCAUCCUGGAAGUACAAGGAGAAGGUGAAGCAGUGUUAGAUGCUGAGAGUGGUGAUGGAACAUCCCUGCCAGCCCCUGCUGUGCUGGAAGUGCAAGGAGAAAGGGAAGCAGUUUUAGAUGCUGAGAGUAUUGAUGGAACCUCCCUGCCAGCCCUUAGUGUCCUGGAAGUGCAAGAAGGAGAAGGGGCAGAAGUAUUAGAUGCUGAGAGUGGUGCUGGAACAUCCCUGCCAGCCCCUGGUGUCCUGGGAGUUCCAGAAGGAGAAAGGGAAGCAGUGUUAGAUGCUGAGAGAGGUGAUGGAACAUCCCUGCCAGCCCCUGGUGUCCUGGGAGUUCCAGAAGGAGAAAGGGAAGCAGUGUUAGAUGCUGAGAGUGGUGCUGGAACAUCCCUGCCAGCCCCUGGUGUCCUGGGAGUUCCAGAAGGAGAAAGGGAAGCAGUGUUAGAUGCUGAGAGAGGUGAUGGAACAUCCCUGCCAGCCCCUGGUGUCCUGGGAGUUCCAGAAGGAGAAAGGGAAGCAGUGUUAGAUGCUGAGAGUGGUGCUGGAACAUCCCUGCCAGCCCCUGCAGAGCAGGAAGAGGACACUUUGGAGAUGCUGCUGGCACAACUCCAAAGUGGUGGCAUACUCCAUGAGCAGACAGGCAAAACUCUUCUUCUGAAUGAAGCAGUAGCCCAUGGGUUGGUGCCCAGCCACACAGCUGUGAAGCUGAUGGAGAAGAUGAAGAUGUUCAGUGGCUUCUUUGACUCUCAAACCUGCGAAUCGUUAACCACCGAGGACGUCAUUGAGGAAGGGCUGAUGGAUGAGAACCUUCUCCAGAAGGUGCUCACAGCUGACAAAGCCAUCAGUGGUGUUCUGGACCCAGGCAAUAACUUUGUCUACUCUGUCAAGGAUGCUGCUGCUGUUGGCCUUCUGGACAAGGAGACAGCCCUGAGGAUCUUGGAGGGGCAGGUGGUCACCGGCGGCAUCGUUGACUUGAAACGUGGCAAAAAAAUCUCAGUCACCCUGGCUUCCAAGCUGGGCCUCAUAGAGCCAGCAAGUCAGAAGGAGCUGGGCAAGCUGGAGAAGGCUUCCAAAGGCAAAGACACUGAUGAGGUGACCAGACAGAAGCUCCUCAGCUUACAGGCUGAGACCAGUGGAGUUGUGGAUCCCAGAACCAAGCAGGCUCUGACUGUCGCCCAGUCUGUUGAGAAAGGGCUCCUGGAAAAGGACAAAGCCUUCCAGCUCCUGACCAAGCAGAUUGCUGCUGGGGGAAUCAUCCAUCACGGCUCUGGAAUGAGGUUUUCGGUGAAGGAUGCAAUGAAACAUGGUUUGAUUGGCCAAGAUUUGUGUCAUGAGCUGAGGCAAGCUGAAAGUGUGUGCCUGCAGGGCUGUGUCCACCCAGAGACGCAGCAGAGGCUGCCCUCGGCCCAGGCGCUGUCAGCAGGGCUGCUCAGCCCUCACUUCCAGAGGGAAGUGCAAGAAAUCCAGGCUGGGAGUGGAAGUGUUUUUGAUGCAGCUUCUGGCCAGAGGCUGGCUCUCUCUCAAGCAGUGAAAGAGGGCUUGCUGCCCAAGCAGGUGGUGGAGAAGGCGCUGGCAUCUUCAGAGCUGAAGGAGGGAAUGGUAGAUCCUGAGACCUGCCUGGUCCUGCCCUACUCAGAGUUCCUCAAGAAGUGCAAAAUCGACAUUGAGUCUGGCCAGAGGUACCUGGAGGUCCAUCCCUUCAGAGCCAUCAGGGAUGAGGUGACAGGGAAGAAGCUGACAUGUGCUGAGGCUGUGAGGCUGGGCAAGGUGGACCUCCUGCCCACCCUGCGCCUGCUGCAGGCUCAGGCAGACAGCGGAGGGGUCGUGGAGGGCACUGUCAGCAAGAGGCUCUCCCUGAAGGCUGCUGUGGAGCGAGGGCUGCUGGAUGAGGAGAUGGCCAAAGCCAUUGCCUCCAACCAGAUGAGGGCUGGGGGAAUUGUUGAUGCUGGCAGUGGGCAGAGAUUGACUUUAAAGGAAGCUGUUGGAAAAGAACUGAUUAGCCAAAAAUUAGCUGCGGCUCUGCAGGAGGCACAAACCUCCCAAGCCAAAUAUGGUCCUGAGGUUUGCCCAGGGGAUAAACCCCACCUUUUCCAGGAAAAAAGGGAAAGAAUAUCUCCCAAAGAGGAGGAUGGCAUCAUCCCUGCCAGGGCUGCCAAGAGCUCUGAUGGUGCUGAGCACAAAGCUGCGUCCGAAGCCAUGAGCUAUGACACAGCUGGAGGUGCUGCUGCUGACAGCUCCCCAGGGCCACCAGCAGAAGGGAAAUCAAAGCCUCAAGAAACCUCAGAGGUUGGUGUGAGGCCUCAGCCCCCCCCAGAAGCUGAAGUGACUCCAGAGUACCCCUCAGUGCUGGGUACAACAUCUCUCCCUGAAGCGAUGGUGGAGGUGAGGGCUGUGAAAAAAGAGACUGCAAAGAGCAGGUCCCAGGUGGGAGCAGCUGAGGGGAAGGAAUCAAAGAGAACAGAAGGAGGUAGAGAGACAGAGAAAGCAGAGGGAUUGGGCAUGGAGAAGGAACAGCUCUUGGACAAGGAGGUGCUUUCCAGUGUGAAGGGUGGUGAGGAGAGGAGUAGUGGGAGAGGCUUUGUAAGUGCAGAGGAUGGUGAGGAGAGGAGGAAAGACUUGGCAAGUGCAGAGGAUAGUGAGGAGAAGAGGAGGAGGAAAGGCUUUGUAAGUGCAGAGGGAGUUGUGGCAGGUGAAGAAGGUGCAGUGGUGGCUGCUGAGCAAGGAGAGCAAGCAGGCAGGCUGGAGCAGGGAGCAGCAGCUGCGCCAAGGGAGUCUGCUCCUGUGGGGCAAGAGAAGGGUCCUGCAAAGCCUGGAGAAGCCCUGAAGGUUGGCAUCCCUCUGAAGCCUGCAGGAGAUGAGCUCCCAGGUAAAGGAACUGUCAAACACACUGAAGGAGAGAGCCCCAGGCUGGGUGGAGAAGGUGCAGUGGAUCAGGAGAAACCAAGUGGGCCUGAGCUGAAACCUGCCCAGAAACAGAAAAGCAAAAGGAGGAGAGCAAAGCAGGUUGCUGGGCCAGGAGACAGCACUCAGCCAGAGAAACCUCCUGUGCAAAAGGAGUCCCUUCCUAGCCUGGUUUCCAAAGAAAUUCCAGGGCAAGAGAAGGAGGAGGAGGAGAAGGAGGAGGCCUUUGUCUUGAGCACACCAGAACCAAGACAUGAAGGCACCACCAAAGUUACUGCUGGCUUGGCCCAAGACUCAGCCAAGGUCAUGGGGGGCAGCAGGGAUGACAAAGCAAAGAGAAGAACUGAGAAAGACAGAGACAACCUGGCUGGGGGUCAGCUUGUCCCAGGACAAGGAGAAGCCCAAGAAAGGAUCAGAAAUGGUCCUGAUUCCUUGCUGGCAUUGAGCCUGGAGGAGAGGAUGACCCAGGAAGACAGCAAGGUGGAAGCCACCAGCGAUGUGUCCAUCUCAGGCCCCGCAGCAGGCAAGCUGCCUGAAGAAUUAAUCAUCAGGGAGGAAGCCACAGGAGGGCAGGAAAGUUCUUCAGCCCUUCAGCUUGCAGAAGAGACACAGCAGGAGAUCAGCACAGUCCAAGGAGAUGCCCUCACUGCCCCAAAAGCCCAAGGAGAAACACCCCAGGAGAGGAGCAGGCAGCCAGCAGCUGGUGACAGAGGCUUGCUCCUCCCUGUGAUAGUGGAGGGGGAGCUGCUGGAGACCUCGAGGGAAUCCACCAGGCCAGCCCAGGUGAUGUUCAGCAAGAAGAUGUGCCUGGAGCACGAUGAGAAGCUGGUCUCCUACCUCUCCAUGCUGCGAGACGUGGAGAUGAGGAUCCAAAGGGUGCAGCCAGUGGAGCAGAACCUGGCAGCUCUGCAGGACCUGCUGCGCCAGGCAGAGGCCCUGGGAGCGGAGCUGCAGGAGCUGAGCUUCCCAGUGAAUCAGGAGUUGGAUGCCGUGAAGUGGAUCGUGGCCAACCCCCCCGAAGAAGUCCCUGAGCAAUUACUGAAGGCUUUGGAGAAGGAUGCCAAGAACCUCCAGAAGUCUCUGAGUUCUGCAAGUGAUAUCCUGGAGUCCAGGCUGCAAAACCUUCGUGGGGCAGCAGAAGCUGAAAAGGCUAAAAUCUUGGCACACCACGAAGCUCUCCAGGAUAAACUCCAGGAGCUGCUGGGUUGGGUCUCUGGCACCGCUGGGUCCCUGGAUGCCGCCGAUUCCCAGCCCGCGCCCGACGCCGGCAGCUUGAGUCGCUGCCUGCAACGCUACAAGGAGCUGAAGGAGCCUCUGGCCGACACCAAGUCCCAGCUGGAGGCCACUGCCUUCGACAUCCAAUUCCUCAUCUCGGAGCACGCCCAGGACCUGAGCCCUCAGCAGAGCAGGCAGCUGCUGAGGUUGCUGAACGAGCUGCAGAAGGCUUUCAGGGACCUGUCAGAGCGGGUGACAGCUCGGCUGGAGGUGCUGCAGCUCUGCCUCCGGCAAGUGGAGCAGACAGAGCAGACGCUGCAGGAGCAGCAGGCAGCCCGGGCCCAGAGCCUGGCCGAGCUCAGCCGCUGGCUCUGCCAGGCAGAGGACACCUUGGCAGAGCAGCAGAGAGCAGCCAGCCAAGGGGACCUGUCCACCCUGCAGCAGAGGCAAAGUGAUGUGAAGGAGCUGCAGAGGAGCCUGCAGAGCCGAGCUGCCUCCUUCGCCAGCCUGCUCAGGAGCACAGAGGAGUUUCUGGAGGAGAACAAGGCAAAGAUGGAGCCUGGCGAGCUGGCAGCGCUGCAGGAGAGGCUCCAGCGUGCCAAGGAGCAGUACCAGUCCUUGCAGGAGAGGACAGAGGUGGCCCAGAAGGAGCUGGAGGAUGCUGUGAGUGCUGCAGUGCAGCAGGAGACUGAAAAGGUGAAAGCUGCCAAGGAGCUGGAGGAGAACAGCAACAAAAUUGAUUCCCUUUUGAGCUGGGUGGCAUCCCUGGAGCAGAAGGGAGAGCUCCCAGAGUACAGACCACAUCCCAUGGAGCGAGCCCCAGGGACACAAGCGGGGACAGGCACUCAGGAUGUCCCUGACAGCCACACUGUGGGAGCAGACAGUGCUGCAGAGAGCCUGGAUGAGGAGUAUGAGAGGCUGAAGGCCCAGCACCAGGAGCUGCUGUCCCAGCAGCAGGACAUCAUCCUGGCCACGCAGUCGGCGCAGGCGUUCCUGGCCAGGCAGGGCCGGAGCCUGGCGGGGGAGCAGCGGCAGGGGCUGCAGGGCAGGCUGGCGGGGCUGAAGGAGCAGUACUCGGCCGCGCUGGGGCAGGCGGAGGCCAGGCUGAAGCAGGUGCAGGGCCUGCGGGAUGAGCUGCGCAAGUUCCUGCAGGACCACGCAGAGUUGGAGGCCUGGCUGCGGCAGGCGGAGCAGGACCUGGAGGGGAUGGCCCGCGGCGGCGGCGACCCCGCGGCGCUGCAGCAGCUGCUCCUGCGGCAGGGCAGCUUCGCGGAGGAUGUCAUCUCCCACAAGGGAGACCUGCGCUUCGUCACCAUGUCGGGCCAGAAGGUGCUGGACGCGCAGGGAGCCGCCGCCGGCUCCCGGCCUGGCGGCCUGGUCAGGAGCAAGCUGGAGGAUGCCACGCAGAGAUACACCAGGCUGCACUCCAAGUGCACCAAGCUUGGCUCCCACCUGAGCACUUUGCUGGAUCACUACCAGCAGUUCCAGGAGGUGGCAGAGUCGCUCAGGACCUGGCUGCAGGGAAGCGAAGCUGCUGUUGGGAAACUGCUCUCGGAGGCAGUGUCCUCAGAUCCGGCUGUCCUGCAGCAGCAGCUGGCCAGUGCUAAGCAGCUGCAGGGAGACCUCGCUGAGCAUCAGGUGCCAGUGGAGAAGCUCCAGAAAGCAGCUCGGUCCCUGCUGGAGAUCCAAGGGGAGCCAGCUCCUGACCACAGGCACAUCCAGGAGACAACAGAUGCCAUCGUGAGUCGCUUCCAGAGCCUCUCCCAGCAGAUGGCUGAACGCUCAGACCUGCUGCAGAAAUCUGUUGCCCAGUCUCAGAGCGUGCAGGAGAGCCUGGAGAGCCUCCUCCAGUCAGUGGCUGAGAUUGAGAAGAACCUGGAGAGAGAGCAGCCAGCCACACUCUCCUCCAGCUCCAUCCAGGACUCUCUCGCCACCAGCGCGAAGCUGAAGCAGGACAUCGCCAGGCAGAAGAGCUGCCUGGAGGCCACCCGGGAGAUGGUGACGCGGUUCAUGGAGGCAGCCGACAGCCCCACGGCCUCUGCCCUGCAGGGCAAGCUGGCAGAGGUGACAGAGCAUUUUGGCAGGCUGUGCCAGCAGCAGCAGGACAGGGAGGACGCUCUGAAGGGUCUCCUCCCCAAGGUGGAGCACUAUGAGCAGCUCUCAGAGAAGCUGCAGCAGUUCACGGAGAGCAGAGGGCGGCUGCUGGCCUCGGGCAACCAGCCGGACAGGGACAUCGCUGCCUUCUCCCAGCACAUCCAGGAGCUGAAUUUGGAGAUGAAGCAGCACCAGGAGGACCUGGCCACCCUGGAGCACCUGGCUGCAGAGCUGGGCUCCUGUGGCUUCGCUCCCAGCACUUCCCAGCAUCAGGAGAAGCUGCAGAGCCUGAAGAAAGACUUCCUGCAGCUGCAGAAGGUGGCAAAAGAGAGAGAAAAGGAUGCAUCCUCCUGCCAGCAGCAACUGGAAGAGUUUCGGAAGCUGGUCGGGGCCCUGAGGAAGUGGCUGAGGGAAACUGAAGGCAAAAUGCCACCUGCUGAGACCUCCCUGGGCACCCAGGAGCUGCAGCAGCGCAGGCAGCAGGUCCAGGCUCUGCUGGAGGAGUGGCAAGGGCAGGGGGCCCAAGUGGAGGAGGUUGGCCGCAGAGGGACCCUGCUGGAGAACCUGAUUGUGGAGAUCACAGCCCCUGACAGCUCGCCCAAGGCUGGUGCUGCACUGCCCACCCCAGGAGGGUCAGCAGGCAGCGUGAACGGAUACCACACGUGCAAAGAUCUGACCGAGAUCCAGUGCGAUGUGUCGGACGUGAGCCGGCAGUACCAGAGCCUUGGGGAGGCGCUGAGGGAGCGCCAGCAGCAGCUCUCAGCCAUGCUGGAGAAGAUGCAAGAGGUGCAGGAGGAGGCCAGCUCCAUGCUGAAGUGGCUGGAGUCGAAGGAGCGGACGCUGUCGGAGCUGGAUGCUUCCUCCUCGCCCACCAAGACGGAGACGAUGAGAGCCCAGGCUGAGCACAACAAGGCAUUUUUGGCUGAAUUGGAACAGAAGUCAGGGAAGAUCCAGAAGGUAAAAGAAGCACUGUCUGGCCUGCUGGAGAAAUACCCAGAUUCUCCAGAAGCAGCGAACUGGAAGAAGAUGCAGGAGGACCUGAAUUGCAGGUGGGAAAGAGCCAGCCAGGCGACGGCGGAGCGGCAGCAGAAGCUGGAGGAGUCUGCAAACCUGCUGGCCAGCUUCCAGGCUGCGGAGGGCCAGCUGCGCCCCUGGCUCAUGGAGAAGGAGCUGAUGAUGAGCGUGCUGGGACCUCUCUCCAUCGACCCAAACAUGCUGAACGCACAGAAGCAGCAGGUCCAGUUUAUGCUGAAGGAAUUUGAAGCUCGUAGACAGCAGCACGAGCAGCUCAACCAGGCAGCUCAGAGCAUCCUGACCGGCCCUGGAGAGGCUUCUCCAUCCACUGACCAGGUGCGGGAGGAGCUCCAAGGGGUCAAUCAGAAGUGGUCUGAGCUAACAGAACGCCUCAACUCCCGCUCCAGCCAGAUUGACCAAGCCAUAGUCAAGAGCACCCAGUACCAGGAGCUCCUGCAGGGCCUGUCAGAGAAGGUGAAGGCGGCUGGGCAGCGCCUGAGCAGCCAAUCUGCCCUCAGCACGCAGCCCGAGGCUGUCAAACAGCAGCUGGAGGAAACCAGCGAGAUCCGCUCGGACCUGGAGCAGCUGGAGGAGGAAAUCUCAGAGGCUCAGACCCUCUGUGAUGACCUCUCCAUCCUGAUUGGGGAGCAGUACCUCAAAGAUGAGUUAAGGAAGCGUCUGGAGACUGUGGCCCUUCCUCUCAAAGGGCUGGAAGACCUGGCAGCCGACCGGAUGAACCGACUGCAGACGGCGCUUGCAAGCUCCCAGCAGUUCCAGCAUAUGUUUGAUGAACUCAGGACCUGGCUGGAUGACAAACUCUGCCAGCAAGCUCAAAGCCAACCCAUUUCUGCUAAACUGGAGAGGCUGCAAAGCCAGAUUCAGGAGCAAGAAGAGUUCCAGAAGAGCCUCAACCAGCACAGCGGCUCCUACGAGAUGAUUGUGGCCGAGGGAGAAUCUUUGCUGCUUUCUGUCCAGCCUGGGGAGGAGAAGACCACUUUGCAGAACCAGUUGGUCAGCCUCAAAACACACUGGGAAGAGCUCAGCAAGCAGGCUGCCGAGAGACACUCUAAGCUCAAGGACUGCCUGCAGAAGGCUCAGAAGUACCAAAGGCACGCGGAGGACCUCCUGCCUUGGGUGGAGGACUGCAAGGCGAAGGUGUCGGAGCUGGAAGUGACUCUGGAUCCGGUGCAGCUGGAGGCAACCCUUCUGAGGUCAAAGGCCAUGCUGAGUGACGUGGAGAAGCGCCGCUCCUUGCUGGAGAUGCUGAACAGUGCUGCUGACAUCCUGAUCGACGCUGCCCAGACCCACGAGGAGGACGUCCGGGACGAGAAGGCUGCCAUCAACCAGAAGAUGGAUGCCAUCACGGAAGAGCUGCAAGCCAAGACUGCCUCCAUUGAAGAAAUGGCCCAGAGGCUCAAGGAGUUUCAAGAGAGCUUCAAGAACAUCGAGAAGAAGCUGGAAGGGGCCAAGCACCAGCUGGAGAUCUACGACGCGCUGGGGCCGCAAGCCUGCAGCAACAAGAACUUGGAGAAGCUGAGGGCGCAGCAAGAGGUGCUGCAGGCCCUGGAGCCACAAGUGGACUAUCUGAAAAACUUCACUCAGGGUCUAGUAGAAGAUGCCCCAGCUGGGUCUGACUGUUCCCAGCUCUUAAGCCAAGCUGAGGUGGCUCAGCAGGACUUCACAGCUGUGAAGCAGAAAGUAAACGACUGCUGCGUGCUGAUGGAAAGCAAGCUUGAAGGCAUCGGGCAGUUCAACAGCCGGGUCAGGGAGAUGUUCUCUCAGCUGGCAGACCUUGAUGACGAGCUGGACAGCAUGGGCCCCAUUGGGAGAGACUCUGACAGCCUUCAGUCCCAAGCAGAGGACAUCCGAGCCUUCCUGGGCAAGCUCCACGGGCUGAAGGCUGACAUCGAAGCUUCCGAAAGCGACUGCAAGAAGAUGCUGGAGGAGGAAGGGAGCCCUGACUUGCUGGGGCUGAAGCGUGAGCUGGAGACACUGAACAAGCAGUGCAGCAAGCUGAAGGAGAGGGGCAAGAACCGUCAGGAGCAGGUGGAGACCACCCUGUCUCGUGUGGAGGACUUCUACAGCAGGCUGAAGGAGCUGACCCACAUGACGACGGCGGCGGAGGAGAGCGAAGCACUGCAGUGGGUGGUGGGGACAGAGGUGGAAACCAUCAACCAGCAGCUGGCAGACUUCAAGCUGUUCCAGAAGGAGCAAGUGGAUCCUCUCCAGCUAAAGCUGCAGCAAGUCAAUGGAGUUGGUCAAGGACUCAUCCAAAGCGCCGGGAAAAACUGUGAUGUCCAAGGGCUGGAACAUGACAUGGAAGAGAUCAACACUCGCUGGAACACCCUCAACAAGAAGGUGGCCCAGAGAGUUGCCCAGCUGCAGGAGGCCCUGCUGCACUGUGGGAAGUUUCAGGACGCCCUGGAGCCGUUGCUGAGCUGGCUGGCAGACACCGAGGAGCUCAUCUCCAACCAGAAACCUCCCUCUGCAGAGUACAAGGUGGUGAAAGCCCAGAUCCAGGAGCAGAAGCUGCUCCAGCGACUCCUGGACGAUCGCAAAGCCACCGUUGAGAUGAUCCAAGCGGAGGGUGGCAGGAUCGCGCAGUCGGCCGAGCCCGCCGACAGGGAGAAGAUCGUUGGCCAACUGGAGAGCCUGGAACGUCGCUGGGCAGGGCUACUGGGCAGUGCAGCCAGCAGGCAGAAGCAGCUGGAGGACAUCUUGGUCCUGGCAAAGCAGUUCCAUGAAACCACAGAGCCUGUGUCGGAUUGGCUGUCCGUGACCGAGAAGAAAUUGGCCAACUCGGAGCCCAUCGGUACCCAGACCGCCAAGAUCCAGCAGCAGAUCAGCAGGCACAAGGCCCUAGAGGAAGAGAUAGCAAACCAGGCUGCCGAGGUGUCGCGGGCGGUCGGCGUCGGGCAGUCCCUCUCCUCCCUCAGCUGUGCCGCCGAGCAGAGGCUGCUGGCAGAGAAAUUAGAGGCUCUGCAGCGCCGCUACGGCGAGGUGCAGGAGCGCUGCUGCCGGAAGGCAGCGCUGCUGGCCCAGGCGCUCUCCAACGCCAGGCUCUUUGGGGAGGAGGAGGUGGAAGUGCUCAACUGGCUGGCUGAGGUUGAGGACAAGCUGGGCUCGGUAUCCGUAAAGGAUUACAAACGGGACGUCCUGCAGAAGCAGCAUGCUGACCAGCUGGCUCUGAAUGAGGAAAUUGUGAACAGGAAGAAGAACGUGGACCAAGCCAUUAGGAAUGGGCAAGCCCUUCUGAAGCAAACCACAGGGGAGGAGGUGCUGCUGAUCCAGGAGAAGCUGGAUGGGAUCAAGACUCGCUACUCCGACAUCACCGCCGCCAGCUCCAAGGCGCUGCGCACGCUGGAGCAGGCUCGGCAGCUGGCCACCAAGUUCCAGUCCACACACGAGGAGCUCACCAGCUGGAUGAGCAAAGUGGAGGAUGAGCUGGCUUCCAGUGGGGCCCAGUCCCCAGCUGGCGAGCAGAUACCCCAGUUCCAGCAGAGGCAAAAGGAGCUGAAGAAGGAGGUGAUGGAGCACAGGCUCAUCCUGGACACGGUGAAUGAGGUGAGCAGAGCUCUGCUGGAGCUGGUUCCCUGGCGAGCCCGUGAGGGGCUGGAUAAGCUGGUGACGGACACCAACGAGCGCUACAGGCUGGUCAGUGACACCAUCAAGCAGAGGGUGGAGGAGAUCGAUGCUGCUAUUCAGAGGUCUCAGCAGUACGAGCAGGCAGCCGACGCCGAGCUGGCCUGGGUGGCCGAGACCAAGCGGAAGCUGUUGGCUCUUGGCCCCAUCCGCCUGGAGCAAGACCAGACCACAGCCCAGCUGCAGGUGCAGAAGGCUUUUUCCAUCGACAUCAUCCGGCACAAAGACUCCAUGGAUGAACUCUUCAGCCAGCGCAACGAGAUCUUCGGCACCUGCGGGGAGGAGCAAAAAGCUGUUCUGCAGGAGAAAACCGAGUCCCUGGUGCAGCAGUAUGAGGCUGUGAGCCAGCUCAACUCGGAGCGCUACGCCCGCCUGGAGCGUGCUCAGGUCCUGGUCAACCAGUUCUGGGAGACCUAUGAAGAGCUGAACCCCUGGAUCGAGGAGACACAAGCCCUCAUCUCCCAGCUCCCCCCUCCAGCCAUUGACCAUGAGCAGCUCAAGCAGCAGCAGGAGGACAUGAGGCAACUGAGAGAGUCCAUCGCUGAGCAUAAGCCUCACAUUGACAAGCUGCUGAAGAUUGGCCCACAGCUGAAGGACCUCAACCCUGAGGAAGGGGAGAUGGUGCAGGAGAAAUACUCAACAGCUGAGGCCAUGUAUGCCAGAAUCAAGGAGGAGGUUUGCCAGCGGGCGCUGGCGCUGGAUGAAGCUGUCUCACAGUCCACCCAGUUCCAUGAUAAGAUUGAACCCAUGCUGGAGACCCUGGAGAACCUCUCGUCCCGCCUGCGCAUGCCGCCCCUCAUCCCCGCCGAGGUGGACAAGAUCCGGGAGUGCAUCAGCGAGAACAAGAACUCCAGCGUGGAGCUGGAGAAGCUGCAGCCCUCCUUUGAGGCCCUGAAGCGCCGCGGGGAAGAGCUGAUCGGCCGCUCCCAGGGAGCAGACAAGGACCUGGCAGCCAAAGUAAUCCAGGAUAAGUUGGAUCAGAUGGUCUUCUUCUGGGAAGACAUCAAAGCUCGGGCAGAAGAACGUGAAAUGAAGUUCCUGGAUGUCCUGGAGCUUGCAGAGAAGUUCUGGUAUGACAUGGCAGCCCUCCUGACCACCAUCAAAGACACUCAAGACAUUGUUCACGACCUGGAGAGCCCAGGCAUCGACCCCUCCAUCAUCAAGCAGCAGGUGGAAGCAGCAGAGACCAUUAAAGAGGAGACAGAUGGCCUGCAUGAGGAGCUGGAGUUCAUCCGGCUCCUUGGAACCGAUUUGAUUUUCGCCUGUGGUGAGACCGAGAAACCAGAAGUGAAGAAGAGCAUUGAUGAGAUGAACAACGCCUGGGAAAACCUCAACAAAACGUGGAAGGAGAGGCUGGAGAAGCUGGAGGAAGCCAUGCAGUCAGCUGUGCAGUACCAGGACACCCUUCAAGCCAUGUUUGACUGGCUGGACAACGCUGUGAUCAAGCUCUGCAACAUGUCCCCCGUUGGCACAGACCUCAACACGGUCAAGGAGCAGAUGAAUGAGAUGAAGGAGUUUAAAAUGGAGGUUUACCAGCAGCAGAUUGAAAUGGAAAAGCUUAAUCACCAAGGUGAGCUGAUGCUAAAAAAAGCCACAGAUGAGACAGACAGAGACAUCAUCAAGGAGCCACUGACAGAGCUGAAACAUCUCUGGGAGAAUCUGGGCGAGAAAAUUGCUCACAGACAGCAUAAGUUAGAAGCUGCUCUCCUGGCACUUGGGCAGUUCCAGCAUGCAUUGGCAGAGCUGAUGGCCUGGCUGACCCACACUGAGGAGCUGCUGGAUGCACAGAAACCUAUCAAUGGAGACCCAAAAGUCAUCGAGGUGGAACUUGCCAAGCACCACGUGCUGAAGAAUGAUGUCCUGGCCCACCAAGCAACUGUGGAGACAGUGAACAAAGCAGGCAACGAGCUGCUGGAGUCCAGUGCAGGGGAUGAUGCCAGCAGCCUCAGGAACCGCCUGGAGAACCUGAACUCAUGCUGGGAGUCAGUGCUGCAGAAGACAGAGGAGAGGGAGCAGCAGCUCCAGUCCACGCUCCAGCAGGCCCAAGGUUUCCAUGGUGAGAUUGAAGACUUCCUCCUGUGGCUAACGAGGAUGGAGAGCCAAUUGUCAGCAUCAAAACCCACAGGAGGUCUGCCAGAAACCGCCCGGGAGCAGCUCAAUGCCCACAUGGAGCUGUAUGGGCAGUUCAAAGCCAAGGAGGAUACCUACAGCCAGCUGCUGGCCAAGGGGCGACUGAUGCUGCUGAACAGGGAUGACUCCGGCUCCGGCUCCAAGACGGAGCAGAGUGUGGCCCUGCUGGAGCAGAAGUGGUGCCUGGUCAGCACCAAGAUGGAGGAGAGAAAGGCAAAGCUGGAGGAAGCCCUGGCCCUGGCCACAGACUUCCAGAAUUCCCUGCAGGACUUCAUCAACUGGCUGACCCUGGCUGAGCAGAGCCUGAACAUUGCCCCCCCGGCCAGCCUCAUCCUCAACGCCGUGCUGGCUCAGAUCGAUGAGCACAAGGUGUUUGCCAACGAGGUGAAUGCUCACCGGGACCAGAUCAUCGAGCUGGAUCAAACUGGCAACCAGCUGAAGUUCCUCAGCCAGAAGCAGGACGUGGUGCUGAUCAAGAACCUGCUGGUCAGCGUCCAGUCCCGCUGGGAGAAGGUUGUGCAGCGCUCGGUGGAGCGAGGACGAGCUCUGGAUGAUGCCAGGAAGAGAGCCAAGCAGUUCCAUGAAGCUUGGAAGAAGCUGAUUGAUUGGUUGGAGGAUGCAGAGAAUCACCUGGACUCCGAGCUGGAGAUUUCCAAUGAUCCUGACAAAAUCAAGCUCCAGCUCUCCAAACACAAGGAGUUCCAGAAGACACUGGGAGGGAAGCAGCCUGUCUAUGACACCACCAUCAGAACAGGCAGAGCCCUCAAAGAAAAGGCCUUGCUUCCAGAUGACACUCACAAGCUGGACAAUUUACUGGGAGAAGUCCGGGACAAGUGGGACACAGUGUGUGGGAAGUCUGUGGAAAGGCAGCACAAGCUGGAAGAAGCCCUCCUGUUCUCUGGGCAGUUCAUGGAUGCACUGCAGGCUUUGGUGGACUGGCUCUACAAGGUGGAGCCUCAGUUAGCUGAAGACCAACCUGUCCAUGGUGACCUGGAUCUGGUCAUGAACCUGAUGGAUGCUCACAAGGUCUUCCAGAAGGAGCUGGGGAAGCGCACAGGGACGGUGCAGGUGCUGAAGCGCUCCGGCCGGGAGCUGAUCGAGAACAGCAGGGACGACACCACCUGGGUGAAGGUGCAGCUGCAGGAGCUGAGCAACCGCUGGGACACGGUCUGCAAGCUCUCAGUGUCCAAACAAACCCGCCUGGAGCAGGCCCUGAAGCAGGCAGAGGAGUUCAGGACAGCUGUGCACUUGCUGCUGGAGUGGCUGUCGGAGGCUGAGCAGUCUCUGCGCUUUCGGGGAGCGCUUCCUGACGACGCUGAGGCCUUGCAGUCCCUCAUCGAUGCCCACAAGGAGUUCAUGAAGAAAGUGGAGGAGAAGCGAGUGGACGUGAACGCGGCGGUGAGCAUGGGGGAGGUCAUCCUGGCUGCCUGCCACCCUGACUGCAUCACCACCAUCAAGCACUGGAUCACCAUCAUCAGAGCCAGGUUUGAGGAGGUUCUCACAUGGGCAAAGCAGCACCAGCAGAGACUGGAAUCUGCACUUUCUGAACUGGUGGCAAAUGCAGAGCUCCUGGAGGAGCUCCUGGCUUGGAUCCAGUGGGCUGAGACAACCCUGAUCCAGCGGGACCAGGAGCCCAUGCCUCAAAAUAUUGAUCAGGUCAAAGCCCUCAUCUCUGAGCACCAGUCCUUCAUGGAGGAGAUGACAAGGAAGCAGCCAGAUGUGGACAGGGUCACCAAGACCUACAAGAGGAAAGCCUCUGAGCCCCCUCAUGGACCCUUCAUGGAGAAGUCUCGCAGCAACAGAAAAUCCCUGGGUCAGGCUGCCCCCCCCAGCAUGCCCAUCAUCUCCCAGUCAGAGACAAAGAACCCUCGGAUCAAUCAGCUCUCAGCUCGCUGGCAGCAGGUCUGGCUGCUGGCUCUGGAGCGACAGCGGAAGCUCAACGAUGCCCUGGACAGACUGGAGGAGCAGCUAUGCCCAGAACUGAAGGAGUUUGCCAACUUUGACUUCGACGUGUGGCGGAAGAAGUACAUGCGCUGGAUGAACCACAAGAAGUCUCGCGUCAUGGACUUCUUCCGGCGCAUCGACAAGGACCAGGACGGGAAGAUCACCAGGCAGGAGUUCAUCGAUGGCAUCCUGGCCUCCAAAUUCCCCACCACGAAGCUGGAGAUGACGGCGGUGGCUGACAUCUUCGACCGCGAUGGCGACGGCUACAUCGAUUACUACGAGUUUGUGGCUGCCCUCCAUCCCAACAAGGAUGCCUACCGCCCCACCACCGAUGCUGACAAGAUCGAGGAUGAGGUCACCAGGCAAGUGGCCCAGUGCAAGUGUGCCAAGAGGUUUCAAGUGGAGCAGAUCGGCGAGAACAAGUACAGGUUCUUCCUCGGCAAUCAGUUCGGGGAUUCCCAGCAGCUGCGGCUGGUCCGUAUCCUGCGGAGCACGGUCAUGGUUCGUGUGGGCGGAGGAUGGAUGGCCCUGGAUGAGUUCCUGGUGAAGAAUGAUCCCUGCAGAGCCCGAGGAAGGACCAACCUUGAACUGCGAGAGAAGUUCAUCCUGCCGGAGGGAGCCUCGCAGGGGAUGACUCCGUUCCGGUCGCGAGGCCGAAGGUCCAAACCCUCCUCCCGAGCAGCCUCCCCGACGCGAUCCAGCUCCAGUGCCAGCCAGAGCAACCACAGCUGCGCCUCCAUGCCCUCCUCCCCUGCAACUCCUGCCAGUGGAGCCAAGACUCCACACCACUUCUCUCGAUGUUAUGACAAACCCUGGUUGAUAAACAGUAAAGCCAGCACCCCUCUGAGGGGAUUCGAUUAUCCUGACCUGCAGCUCUCUGGUGCAGAGGUCACCCCCUCAGCGGGCAGCAAGCUGAAGCGACCAACCUUCCACUCCAGCCGAACCUCCCUGGCUGGGGACACCAGUAACAGCUCCUCCCCAGUCUCUACAGGUGCCAAAACCAGUCGGGCAGACCCCAAGAAGACCGCGAGCCGUCCCACCAGCCGGGCCGGCAGCCGAACCGGCAGCCGUGCGAGCAGCCGGCGGGGAAGCGACGCCUCCGAUUUCGACCUGCUGGAGACGCAGUCGGCUUGCUCCGACACCUCGGAGAGCAGCGCCGCCGGCGGGCAGGGAGGCUCCCGCCGGGGGGCAGCCAAACCUUCCAAAAUCCCAACCAUGUCCAAGAAAACGACCACUGCCACCACCCCAAAACCUCCGGGCCCUAAAAGAUAAUAAUAAUACUGUACCCCGCGCCCUGACAGCCAGAGCAGCACCUCCCCCACCUCCACCUGUGUCCAGUUUUUAACCCUGCAUUGGAUGUAUAUUUAUUCUAAAUGGGAGAAGCUCUAUUGUUAAAAGUGUAAAAGAAAAGUUGUGUUUUGCAGCUGCCUUAUUUUAUUUUGGGGUUUUUUUUUUUUUGGAGGGGGUGGAUUUGGGGUUUGGGUUUU